GAUGCUGUUUUGCUUUGAGGUGGUGAACGGUAUUUCUUCGUAAAUUAUGUUAUUUAUCUCCUGAUCUCACCUCCUCUUGAAAUAUUACUAGAGGACACUUUAAGAGUAUCCAAAGUAUUUGAAAUUUAAUCGUAAAACUUGUGACAUGCAUGUCGUUGAGCACGGGAAGUAAUUGUUUCCCGGCAGUGUUUUGCUUUUUAUGUGACAAAGGUUAAAGCGUAUGGCGACUGGGCUGAGCCUGAAUUUGGAACCAGCGAAAGGGACAAACUCAUAUAAAGUAACGCUGGCGAACUCAUCAGUUAAGCCGAAGACCAAACCAGCACCUUUGGAGAUGUCUCGAACACAGUCCUUCACAUCAACUGACAAAGAAAAGAAUCCUCCCACCCCACGUUCCAAGAUUGGACAUCGCAGGGUGGAUGAAACAGGAGAAACCACAUACAAAAAGACUCCCUCAUCAGCACUUAUGGCAGCCAUUCAACUUGGGAUUGGAUUCACUGUUGGAAGACUAUCAGCUAAACCAGAGCGAGAUGUGUUGAUGCAAGAUUUUGCAGAAGUAGAAACUGUUAUAUUUCCAAGUGAAGGAUCAAGAGAGACCCCAUCCCAUCGGUUUAGUGAUUUUAAAUUCAAAUCAUACUCUCCAGUUGCUUUUAGAUAUUUUCGGGAUUUGUUUUUGAUGAACCCUGCUGAAUUUAUGAUGGCACUAUGUAAUGAACCGUUGGUGGAGCUUACUAAUUCAGGAGCUAGUGGUUCCCUGUUUUAUGUUACAAAUGAUGACGAAUUUAUUGUGAAAACUGUUCAACACAAGGAGGCAGAAUUUCUUCAGAAAUUGUUGCCUGGAUAUUAUUUAAAUUUAAAUCAGAACAAAAGAACAUUGUUGCCAAAGUUUUUUGGCUUAUACUGUUAUCAGUGUGGGGGAAAGAAUAUCAGAUUAGUAAUAAUGAACAACCUCCUACCUCGAGGAUACAAAAUACAUUUUAAAUAUGACCUUAAGGGCUCAACAUACAAAAGAAAAGCAUCAAAGGCAGAAAGAGCCAAAGAAACACCUACACUUAAAGACUUGGAUUUUUUGAAUGAUCACCCAGAGGGCCUUUUUCUUGAACCAGAAACUUACAAUGCAGUAAUGAGGACAAUCCAACGAGAUUGUAGAGUAUUACAAAGCUUCAAAAUCAUGGAUUACAGUCUCCUUCUUGCCAUUCAUAAAGUAGAAGAGACUAGUACGAAUGUUGUAGCGAGAUAUAAAAGAUCAAACAGUGAACCUGCGACUGAUAAACCAACAACCAGAGUAGAGACUCCAUCAGGUCAUCUAUCUUCCCCCACUGAUGAUACAACCCUCAUGACAUCUGGCAAUGGACAGUGGGAAACAAGAGCACGUAGUCCUGAGAGCAGCAGCACAUCUCUGUCACGUACUCGAAGUUUAAAAGGAAGGGAAGGCUUCAGUUCAGCUUGGGAAGCAAUCACUGUAGGAAAUGAAACAGAAGAGAGACCGGUUGGUGGUAUUCCAGCUCGUAACGCCAAGGGAGAACGUUUGGUUCUAUUUCUUGGAAUCAUAGAUAUCCUACAAAGUUACAGAAUAGUAAAGAAACUAGAACACGGUUGGAAGGCUCUUCUUCAUGAUGGGGACACAGUGUCAGUCCACAGACCAUCAUUUUACUGCACAAGAUUCCAAGAAUUUAUGUCCAACUUCGUGUUCAAGAAAUCAGCAGCUAAAGCGUCUCCACGGAAGCGUACCGCGGGAGGGUCCAUCCAUCGUGUUCGUUCCGUGUCAGAGAACGAUCGAACCAACCGAGAAAGAACGUUGACUAAUGAUAGUAGCACAUCCGAUAAGGGAAGAUCAAGAUCAUUUACAGAAGCUGAUAAACCUGUUGAGAAAACAAGUCUGAAAAAAACACCAAGUAGCGGAAAUGGCGGCCAAACAGCCGACGAAAGUGCUACAGAUAAAAAAGUAAUCGUUGUUGAUCCUAAAGACGUCUUUCUAGAAGCAGAGGGACCGACUCACUCGGCUCAGGCCUCGACGGCCAGUCAAGAGACUAAAGCGAUGAACCACUAAUUACUUAACUGCCAAAGGUUUGUUUAGUAAUGAACCCAUUUUUUGUUAUGUUGUUUGUUUAUUUUUGCUGAUUCUUUUCUUUCUUUAUUAUUCAUGCUAUUUUUUGUUUUCUUAGGGUUAAGCACUUAUUUUGUUUUGCUUAGCAGCUUUCUAUUCCGUUUAGUUUAGUUUAUUUUGUGCUCCCUUGAGAAAAAAUGAUGUUUUAUCGAUCCCAUUCCCCAACUCAGUAUUAGAACACUAGAAAUUACCUCCCUACAAAUAGUUCUUUGUAAGCUAAGUAGGGUUGAGAAGUUCAAAAUGACUCUAUGUAGGGCCAUGAUACCGAUCCCUCGUGUUCAGUGUGUGUAGUUGGCCGAUUUUGUUCAGUUUUAGAACCCAGUUAGGCCACUGCUUAAAUGGUGAAUGGCUGUUAUUUCCAGGGAAGCGCUGCAGCUCACAGCUGUCUUCGCCGGCAAGUCAGCUUCCAACUACCUGAAGAAGGAGACGUUAUAGAAGAGAAAUGACUUGGGCUCUCAUAAUCAGAGCACGGACUAUCUUGGCGGCGCUCCACCAGAACCGACCGGGUUGUGACACGUGAUUAAGACUUCUUCGAUUACUUAAGACUUUUCGUUGUUUCACAAGAACCUCAUUUUUUAAACUGACCAAAUUAAAACUUAAGUCUUUGUAUAUGCUUAACAAAAGAUGCAGUGUUCUUAAACCAAACUUAGGCAACAUAUGUAGUUAUGAUUUCUUCAGUAACAUGACACAUUUCUUACAUGGUGUACGGUGGUUUGAACCUAUUUAAUGUUAGUUUGAUUGAUUUCCGGUUGUAUUCAGGGGAUUUUAUGCUCUAGGUACAGUUGAUCAAAAAAGUUGAAUGUGUCAGAAAGUGGUCAAAACUGGCACGGAUUACUGAUGCUUCAAGCUGUACUUUAUUAAAUAGUUAAAAUAUGGAACAGUAUUGGCGUUUGCCUAUUGGCCUUGGUUGCUAAUCUGUAACGUUACGGCGAUGGGUGUGUAUUAGCGGGUUGAAGGCGGAUUAAGAAAAAAAGGAAUGGAGCAGUAUUAACGUUUGUUUUAAAUUGUACCAAACUCAGAGAGCUUGCAGGUUAAAUUUCUCUUUGCCGUAAAGUUUGUUCUAUUCUAAUUCCAAAUGAGAUGCACUAGAUCAACGAUUUAGUUCCCAUUAUUAAAGAUAACGUCUAAAAAUAGCAGAUUGUAAGGAUUCAUAUUAAUUUGGUCCAAAGUAAGUCAUGGAAUAAACUCGCAGAAGCUUGUAUCUCUCCGUAUGAGGAUACAGUAGAUUAUUAUUAUCACUAUUAUUAUUAUUGUUAUUGUUAUCGUUAUUAUUUUUACUAACCUUACGGUAAGAAGCCCUCUCAUUAGCUAGCUACCACAUGUAACAGUAUGUUCACUUUGGCCGGAUACAGAACUAAAUUUUCAUUUAUUGUUUUGAAGUCUAGUAGAGCUUGGGAAGUAGGGACCAGGUCAGAAUUAAUUAAAAUUCCUCUAGACUUACAGAAUAUUUUUUAUACUUUUAACACUGAAGUGGUGAAGUAGACGUCGUGAAUUUGUAAAAUUUUACGAUUGUAUUCCCAUGGCAGAAAUAUAUGAGAAUAAAGAUAAAUUACUGAUAUUAAAAUGA